GUUGUCGCCUACUGCCGCAUCCGCUUGACGUGGUCGCUUGCCUGUCCUCCGCCGCCUGCCUGCACCGCCGCCGCCAAUCCACCCCCCUCCAAUUCUCCAAGCCUCCCUCCCUGCCGGGCCCUCCGUCCCUCCCCACCGGUGUCCAGGCGUUUCAAUGCUACUGGAAGAAGCUCGCCUGCAUAUGAUUUGAUCGCCCUCGGCGUGCAUUUGCUGUUGUGCAUGGAGGAGCUGGUCUCCCCAACGCCCGCUUGAGCGAUAGCUAGUAUACUGCGCAGUCGUCCUCGGCUGGGGGAGAUGUACACCUCGCCAGGGCUCUUCCUUCGCAUGGUUCUCUAGUCAGACCGGGCUAUCCUUGAACCUUGACCAUGUCUUCCUCCUCUCCAGACCUCACAGAUCCUCAUCGCGAUGACGAACACGCCCACCUCUCCCAUGCCGCCAGCUACAACCACCUUCCCGAUCUGGCAGCCGAGGCAGGCCGUCCGGGCCUGCGGAGGACAUUCUCGGAUCUGACACACCCCAUCAAGGCGGAGUCGCCGUCAAAGGAGGAUGUGGCUGCGGGAAAGGACAUCUUGCGACGGACCUCCCUUCGCUCCAAAAAUAAAUCGACCAUUGCGGUCUCUCGUUUCACCGUGUCCACCGAAGACCUGUCCGAUACAGCCCCCUCCGAGCCCCCAGCGCCCCCGACGAGCGUCCCGGAAACAAGGGCUCCCUCGCCCGUUGCCCGUCCCUCCAAGGCCCGUUCAAUGUCUGGCCGCCUCGUCAGCUUGGCCCGGAAACCCUGGGUAUCCAACUCUCCUCCGUCCGGGAAAGGCUCUCGGCUCCGUUCCUCGCGUGCAGAGGAACAAUCGUCCCUAAAUCCACCGAUCCCACCAUCCAGGAUUAGCGGUCAAACAGAGCUUGAGGCGGAAUCAGAACUGGCUGCUCCAGCCCGCCGGCGGACUCUCCUGAACAAACGGCCACGGCGCCCAAUGGUCGCGGUAGUGACCCAGAGUCGAGCAGAUAGCCCGAGCAGCAAUUCUUCGCCUCAAUCAUUGGUGGCCAAGAAUUCCCUGGAAAAGCUCGCCGCGUCGCUGAAUGUAUCAACACCGGUCCUUCCCCCGGUGCCCAAACCACCAACCCCCGCAAAUAUACCCGGCAGUAUGGACGUUCCGCGGAAGAAGGAUGAACUGUGGGGUGUCUUCCGGGGCCUUGAGGCUGACUUCCAGAAGUUUCAGACAAAGUCUAGUGCCCUAAAAGCUAAUGUCAUUCGCUCGGCACUACUGCCAUUCUUGAGCCGCAAUCAUUCACAUCAGUGCUAUAAAGAUUUGAGGCCAGAGGACCUAGACCGCCGCGUGAACAUCCUCAACAAAUGGUGGACAGGAUUGCUGGAGAUGCUCAACGGCAAGAACAACCAGUCCAUAUCCGGCACGGAUAGGCCAGUGUACUUGGAGGCGAUUGUUGGCAUCAUGACUCGCUCCGAAUGGAGGGUUCCUUUCCCGCUGCCGUCAUCCAGCGGCGGCUUCCCAAGGCCACUGAAACAUGCGUCGACUUCGAUAUCGGAGAGCUCGGAAGGCUCCUCGGGGUCUGACUUUCUCCUGGAGUCCAUUCAUCAUAACAUAAGGAACAUCUUCACGCAGAACUUACUGUCUCAGAUGUCUUUUGUCGUUGAGCGGAUGUCUAUGAGACAUGCACCGGCCAGCUUGGUCGCGUUCUGCGGGAAGGCCUGCGCAUAUGCCUUCUUCUUCUGUCCCGGUGUUGCCGAUAUCCUUGUGCGACUGUGGAACACGCCUCCCAGCGUCUUUCGACGAGUGCUUGCCCAGUCAAGCUCUGACAAGAGUAGUGGUACGCGCGCAUUGACCCAGGAGCUCGCCCAAAACUUCCCCACGGCCUUGCGGACACUAGCCUUCCACGCCCAUACCAGCCUGGUUCGGUACCUUCGUCAGAAGCCUGACGUUCCCCUCAGCACAGCUCAGAUUCCGUGGCAGAGUCCGUGGGUUACGCGGUGGAGUGGCCGGGAUACGGACCUUUUUUUCGUUUUCGUCAAGUACAUACAUGUUUUAUACGCGGAUGCGCUGCCACUCGAGCUCGAAAAGUCGAAGCGCAUCUUGGCGCCUGGCCUGCUGCCGAUUCAUUCGCAGCUUCUUGUUGUUCUAGAGGAUACCCUGUACAAACAGUCUAUGCCCCAAAUGUCGGAGACCAACCACACGGCGGCUGCGGUCACGUUUGAUGAUUUCAUUGAAGGCGCCGAUGCCGCGGUUUCGGCGCUCCCGUUGGGAGCUGCGAACAACCAUCGCCUGAUGGCGGAAAAUCGGUUGAUCAUCCUACUUCGAGAUUUCCUCUCCGAGUCCUCACUCGAGCCGAAUCACGCCAGGUUAUUCUAUGCCGAGUCCUUCUGUACCACCAUGAGAGCGGCUGCGGAAAGAACAUCGCUGUUCGAUCACAAUGCAUGCUUUCUUCUGUGUGACUUUGUGGAAGAGGUUCUUCCGAUCAUCACCCGUUACUCUCAGGCCCUGGGGACCGAUUUGUUCGAUUGGAAGUUCUGGCUCGAAGUUUGUCGUCAGAUGAUGCAAAGCCACAACUCCCUUACUGAAGUUCGGGUCUUCUCCUUCCUAUUCUGCGUCUGGGGCACUUGGACUAGCUCCGAAGAAAGAAAGGCAGAUCUCUGUUUGGGUUUUCUUUUAGACGAAACUCUCUUCUAUCAUUACUUCAGCCAUUGGAGUCCUAUGGUUCGUGCGUAUUUCCAUCGUCUUCUGUGCUGGAGGCUGGGGAGAUUUAGUGAUGACCCUGCGCCUCUUGACACGUCGAUUUACGAGACGCUCUGGAGCCGACUACAGCGCACCUGGGACUACUAUCUUGCUUUCCAGGCCAAGGCCGACGAUGAACUCACUGCGCCGCUAUCUUCGGCGCCGUGUACGCCAGCGCCAGGGCGGAGAAUCAUCAUCAUCCGCUGUGACAAUCAGCUGUCACCCUCGAGCUUUUUCGUGUCUUUUGACCGGGUCGUCCCUCCCGCCCCACAAGAGAAGGCUUCUGCAUUCUCGAGCAGUAGCACCAGUUCCUCGAAGACGGACACGCCGGAGGCCCCGCCCCCGCCCAAACGGAAAUGGAGCAUCCUGAAAGCCAUGUUCGGUAGCUCUUCUAGCGUGAAAUCCAGCGGAGAGGCGUCCUCUUCCAGCAGCUCCGAUGAGUCGGAUUCCGCUAGCUCUGAAACCAUUGCGGCAGCGGACAAAUCUCUCGACGGCCAUUUUCGGCCUCAGAAUGAAUCCGGGGAGCUCAGCCGGCCCCGGACCGCGCAUCAGCCCUACUCGUUCAAAUUCUCGCUGGAGUGGAUGGACCGGCCCCAGUGGCCUAGCAAGAACAAGCGUCUUUUUACGCCCUGUCUUCCCGUGGGCUCGCAGCUGCAUCUGCAGCUUCGGAAAUCGCUGGCGAGGCAGGACGAGUAUGAUACAGCGUCAGAGUACGUAUCAGCCGCCGAGGAAGAGGAAGACGAGGAUGCCGCGAGUAGCGACCUCCAAGGUACGCUCGAGUCGGACGAACAAGACGAAGCACCGACAGACAACACCACCGAGUCGGAAAAGCAGUCCAGCGGGCUUGAUAUCAAGCUCGUGAUUAAUGACAAAGUCGCCGCUAGCAAAUACGCAGGUCGCGCGCUUGCGGAGUGGGCGCAAAUCGUGUCCGAAUGCGACAGUUUCUUCGCCCGAAGACGCGACGAGGGUGUGCCCUGCGAUCGCCUGGUCGAAACACCGACGCUGGGCGUUGAGGGUUUCCGUAAGUAGGCAUCACCAGCAUACAGAGUCGAGGGCGAAACACGUAUACGCGAAUCCUACCAGCUCAGCUUGCCCUGGCGGCGAUAUCCUGCCGUACAGGGACUCACUCAAUCUUCCCCCACCACCUUACCUACCAUCCACCCCUGGUAGAU